AUGGCAGAGACGCCCGACCUGGCUGAGAUCCAUGAGUUCCUCGUCGAGCUGGCGGGCAAGGCGGGCGAGAUGAUCACCAGCGCCCACCCGCUCAUCAACGGCGUCGGCUCGAAGAAGAACAGCUCCGACCUGGUCACUGAGACGGACCGCGCGGUCGAGGCGGCCGUCUCUGAGGCCCUGCGGACAAAGUACCCUCACUACGAGUUCAUGGGCGAGGAGACGUACCAUCCGUCGAGGCCGCUGACGGACGCCCCGACCUUUGUGGUCGACCCCAUCGACGGCACGGUCAACUUCGUCCACGGCUUCCCGUCGGCCUGCAUCUCGCUGGGCUUCGCAGUCGACCGGCAGCCCGUCCGCCAUCCGGGGCCAGGGCGCGUUCAUGAACCGGACCAAGAGGCUGCCGCUCAAGGGGGAAGACGUCGAGCCGCUGCGGGGCUCAGCAGCGCGCUCGUCGCCGUGGAAUGGGGCUCCGACCGCAGCGGCCCCAACUGGGAGACCAAGGUGCGCACCUUUGAGAACUUGGGCAAGGCAGGGGAGCUGGGCGGUGCGAUGGUGCAUUCGAUGCGCAGCAUGGGCUCGGCGGCACUGAACCUGUGUGCCGUCGCGUCCGGGGUGCUCGACCUCUACUGGGAGGGCGGCUGCUGGGCGUGGGACGUCUGCGCCGGCUGGGUCAUCUUGCUCGAGGCCGGCGGGAUCAUCGUCGACGGCAAUCCCGGCGGCUGGCAGGCGAAGCUCGACUCUAGGCGGUACCUGGCCGUCAGGGGCUCGCCCGCCGGUGAGGGCCAGCGUGAGCUCGUCCAGGAGUUCUGGUCGCACGUCGGGGGGUCUCUCGACUAUUAA